CAGAUGAAAGCUACUCAGGAUCGAUAUGACGAGUGAGUCGACUCAAUUGCACUCAAUACCAUUACUCAUCAGCUUCCGGAACAGCAACAUGAACAUCAGCCUGACGAACAAUUCAUUGACGAAUUGUAGUUCUAACGGCUCUUUGGAUAAUGUCGACCUUGUGACGAACAUUUCGGAUAUCAUCCCGUAUAAAGAGAGACCGGAGACUUACGUAAUCCCUCUCUUGUUUUUUCUCAUCUUCCUCAUUGGAGUAGUCGGAAAUGGAACCCUCGUUAUUAUAUUUCUGAAGCACAGGAAUAUGAGAAAUGUUCCUAAUACGUACAUUCUCUCGUUGGCUCUGGCCGACCUCUUAGUCAUUUUGACCAGCGUUCCCUUCACCUCCAUCAUCUACACGAUGGAGUCAUGGCCUUGGGGCGAGCUGAUCUGCAAGAUAUCCGAGACAGCCAAGGACAUAUCCAUCGGAGUGUCUGUUUUCACCUUGACGGCAUUGUCGGCUGAUCGGUUUUUUGCCAUAGUGGAUCCGUUGAAGAAGUUUCAUACAACUGGAGGAAGUCGUCGUGCCACGAGGAUAACACUCUGUAUAGCGGUCUCGAUAUGGAUCCUGGCCAUAUUCUGCGCAGUUCCUGCAGCUGUUGGUUCGCACAUCAAGGGCUUUCCCGAAGACAACGUUCAAUUCUAUGUCUGCUACCCCUUUCCCCUCAACUGGAUGGGCGGCCGGUACCCGAAGGUCAUGGUUCUCAGCAAGUUCCUGAUACUCUACGUCAUCCCUCUGGCCAUCAUCGGGAUAUUUUAUCUGAGCAUGGCCGUCUUUCUGAUUCUGAGUACCAGGAAUAUGCCAGGAGAGAUGCAGGGGAUGCAUCGGCAGGUGAAAGCCAGGAAAAAAGUGGCAGUGACAGUUCUGGUCUUCGUCGCAGUGUUCGCCGUUUGCUUCGCCCCUCUGCAUGCUUUCAUGCUCUUCUUCUACUUCCAUCCCCAGUCGCUGGAGCUCUACAACGCCUUCUGGCACUAUCUGAGGAUAGUCGGAUUCUGUUUGUGCUACAUCAACUCUUGCGCCAAUCCUGUUGCUUUGUACUUCGUGAGCGGUGCAUUCAGGAAAUACUUCAACAGAUAUUUGUUAUGUACCAAGCAGAAGAGGUAUCUCUCCAGCCAAUUCGGAGCGAGGAAUACGUCCAUGUCGAUGGUUUCCAUGAAGAGGAACCAGUCAGUGAUGAGCAGAAAAGGCACUGUCCCAACCAAUCGAAGACACGGUCCGACGUUGCCUCAAGAGACGUCUGUGACUCUUCUCGGAACAGGAGGUUUCUACGUUUGCACGGACUUGUGAUAGCACAAAUGUACUUUAUAAUUGUUC